CGUGGCGGCUGUGGCGGCGCCCGGGCGGCGGGGCGGCGGGGAGGGACUGCCCGCAGUUGCUAAGCUGCGGCGGCCGUGUCGGGAUGGUGUAGCGGGGCCUGCGGACGGGCGAGGCGGCCGGCACGGCCCACGCCUCCGGAGCGGCUCGGUGCGGCGGCGGCACGCUGAGGGGGCGUCGCCGCCGCUGGCCCCCGGAGUCACGGGAGGCCGCGCCCGCCAUGGCGGCCCGGGCGGUGCUGGACGAGUUCACGGCGCCCGCCGAGAAGGCGGCGCUGCUCGAGCGGAGCCGGGGCCGCAUCGAGGCUCUGUUCGGCGUGGGCCUGGCGGUGCUCGGCGCCCUCGGGGCGGAGGAGCCGCUGCCCGCGCGCAUCUGGCUGCAGCUCCGCGGCGCGCAGGAGGCGGUGCACAGCGCCAAGGAGUAUAUCAAAGGGAUCUGUGAGCCUGAACUGGAAGAAAGAGAAUGCUACCCCAAGGCCAUGCACUGCAUUUUUGUAGGGGCACAGAGCCUAUUUUUAAAGAGCCUAAUUCAGGAUACUUGUGCUGACCUCUGCAUUUUAGAUACGGGGCUUCUUGGCAUUAGAGGAAGUGCUGAGGCUGUGGUCAUGGCCAGGAGUCAUAUUCAGCAGUUUGUGAAGCUCUUUGAGAAUAAUGAGAACCUGCCCAGUAGUCAGAAAGAGUCAGAAAUCAAACGGGAGUUCAGACAGUUUGUUGAAGCCCACGCAGACAAUUAUACAAUGGAUCUGUUGAUUCUGCCUACUUCCUUGAAGAAAGAACUACUGAGUCUCACACGAGGUGAAGAGAAUCUGUUUGAAACAGAAGAUGAUGAACUCAUUAAAAUUGGAGAGAUGCGGCCACCAGAGUUGACGCAGAAUGCUGCCACAGGACCGAGUAUUGCUAGAGAUGAAAUUGUUUUACAGGAAGAUCCCAGGAGUGAAGCUAGGACCCCUGUUUCUGAGCUUACAAAACAAAUGGACACAGUCCUUUCUAGCUCUCCAGAUGUGCUCUUUGUUCCAGUAAAUGGUCUAAGUCCAGAUGAAGAUGCACUUUCCGAAGACAGGGUUUGUCAUAAGAGGAGGUCUUCUGAUACGGAAGAAAGGCAUACCAAGAAGCAGUUUUCCUUAGAGAAUGUUCUAGAAGGGGAGCUUUUGCAUGAUGGUAAAGCAUCAGCUGGAAAUGAAGUCAUUGACCUGUGUGAUGCUGCUUCUGACUCUACAAAUCUAAGCCCUGAUGGAAAAGACACUACAGAAGAAAUGGAAUACAACAUCCUUGUAAACUUCUUUAAAACCAUGGGCUAUUCCCAAGAGAUCGUUGAAAAGGUCAUUAGAGAGUACGGGCCUUCCACAGAACCACUGUUGCUCUUAGAGGAGAUUGAAAAGGAGAACAAAAGGCUCCAAGAAGACAGAGCAGCUCCACCUUGCACUGUGUAUCCAGAUGCCAGGCAGAGCAAAAGUGUGGGUGUUGGGAGCAGCACACAUGAGCUCACAACAGAUUCUACUCCAAAGAAAACACAGAGUCACACAGAGCAAGAUAUAGUGGAAAGAUUUUCCCAGUUACCUAAACCAUGUACCUCAAAUUGCAGAAUUAAUUCUUUCAGGACAGUGCCAGUAGGACAGAAACAUGAAAUGUGGGGCUCAAACCAGAACUAUACUUGUAAUGUAGACCUUGAGACUGACGGCCUCUCACCCUCUGCUGCCUCUUCCAGUCCUAAAGAAGUCAGCUUCAUUUCGAGGGGGGCUGCAGGUCACCAACAGAGAAGCCCAGCUUUUCCUGAAAAUGGUUUUCAGCAGCAAGUGGAACCCUUGCUUCCAAAUAAUACAAAGUCUGCCUGUGAAAAACGUUCUGGCUGUUGUAGCUCUCCUCAGCCUAAGCCAAAUUAUCCCCCACUUUCCCCACCUAUGCCGCUGCCACCGCCGCCCCAGCUGUUACCUUCAGUUACUGAUACACGGUUGGCAGGAUCCUCUGAUCAUAUCGAUUCCUCGGUUACGGGUGUUCAAAGGUUUCGAGAUACCCUGAAAAUACCAUACAAGCUGGAAUUAAAAAAUGAACCAGGGAGAGCAGAUUUGAAGCAUAUUGUUAUAGAUGGGAGUAAUGUUGCAAUUACCCAUGGUCUGAAAAAGUUCUUUAGCUGCCGUGGAAUAGCAAUUGCAGUUGAAUAUUUUUGGAAGCUUGGCAACAGAAACAUCACUGUGUUUGUACCACAGUGGAGAACAAGGCGAGAUCCUAACGUCACAGAACAGCACUUCUUAACCCAGCUCCAGGAGCUUGGAAUAUUAUCUUUAACUCCUGCCCGGAUGGUCUUUGGAGAAAGAAUUGCUUCUCAUGAUGACAGGUUCCUACUACACCUAGCGGACAAGACUGGGGGAAUAAUUGUGACAAAUGACAACUUCAGAGAGUUUGUGACUGAGUCAGUGUCCUGGAGAGAAAUUAUCACAAGAAGACUGCUUCAGUACACGUUUGUGGGGGACAUAUUUAUGGUUCCUGACGACCCUCUGGGGAGAAACGGACCUCGGCUAGAAGAAUUUCUUCGAAAGGAGGGCUUUCCUAGAGACAUGCAGCCACUACUCAGUGCCCUGCCAAAUGUGGACACGUUUGACCCUGGCUUCCGGAGCCCCAACACCCAGGUAGUCAACACCAGCCACCAGCCUCCUUCCCGAAACCAGGGAGCCUCUUCAAGCUCUUGGCUUCCUCAGCAGCCCCACUUCACAGCCCUGGCCACCCUUCCCAGUAUACAGCAGAACCUUCUCAUGCCAGCACAGAGAUCUUCUGCGGAGACCAGCGAGCUGAGGGAAGCCCUACUGAAGAUCUUCCCUGACUCUGAGCAAAAACUGAAGAUCGACCAGAUCCUGGUAGCUCAUCCCUACAUGAAAGACCUGAAUGCCCUGUCUGCCCUGGUAUUGGACUGAAAGCUAGGCUGAGAGCCCACUGAUGCUGGGGACCAGAGGGAGCUGCCAACUCUGGGAAGUACCGUAGUGGGAAGAAGCCUUCCCAGAGUGAACAUUGCUAUGCUGGAUAGGAAAAAGAGGAAGGAAGAUGUUUUAUGUAUACAAAAAUCUGGAUUUUCAAAGCCAGCUUUUUUCUAUAUAUAAAUUAUGCUGCUAUUACAGAUUUAACAUUUUCUGUAAAGGAAAGUACAUUUUCUGCCUGUUCAGAACUGUUUAAUAGCAGUUACUCUUGAGUGUAUUUACAAUUUUAUGUUUUUUAAACUAUUUUCCUUAAAGCUGAAGAAAAAUUGACAAAUGAAUAUGGUUAGCCUUUCUAAAUAAAAUUAAAAAAGAAAAAAAAGAAAAAAAGGAGUUGCUUCCUUAAGGAAAGCAAGACCUCUUAAAGUAUAUUUUCUUGAGGUGAUCUGUCCUGUCCACUCACAUGGUGUGUGCACCCCUGCCUUUCUCCUUGGAGUUGGCCUGCUUUAUUCUUGUGGGUCUUCUCAGCAGGCCACUGUGAGUGUGGAGAAGUGGAGCCACUAGAUGGCACUUGGUGCCUGACUGUCGGCAGAGUCCAUUCAGCCCAUCUUCUUCCCCUCCGCUGGACAGAGAAGGGAACUGAGUCCCUGCAUACUCCCUGACUGGCCUAGCUCCUUAAUGCACUCACCAGCCAAGGCCGCCAUGCUCCCAACCUGACUCCAUAGCUACCGUGGCCUCAGAAGGUGAGGUAGGAUUGGAGAAUAUGGUGUGGAACCCCUUACUGUGGCCAGCAUGCGUCCACAGCCCACGGGUAUGGGAAAGACCCCAUGUGGAGUUUGUACAGCUUUGCCAAAAAGUUUUCUAUUCUCAAGGAUGACCCAAGCCAAUAAAUAGUUUCAGAAGGGGUCUCAAAGCCCUGCUAGCUCCCUCUUUUGUCUUUCUAGAGGUCUCUUAGCAGCUCUUCCUGAGUCAGAACCAGUUACUCAGUAUUGUCUCUUCUCAAUGUGGCUUGAAUUCAGUGUCUGAGAAACGUUUCCUGGUCAUUCUUAGCAUCUAGACUCUCACCUAGACCUUUAAAGGGCUUUGUGUUUCCCAUCCGUGCUGUCUCCGGGCCCUUAUGGUCAAUCCCACUGCCCUGUAGAUUGUGUCUUUCUCCUGGUCCCACAAUUAGUAACCGAGGACUUGGUGCUGGUUUGUUCUCCGCGGUGCAGGGACUAUGUAGAUCACAGGAUGCUGUCACCAUGUGUGUAUCUUGGUUUCAUUUGAUCCUUGCAUCCCUCAGGAGAUGAACACAGAGCUUUCUAGGUGGCCACACACUUAACACUUGAGUCAUGUUCUCCGGAAUUCAUUGAUGACGCAGCCUGCUGGGGAGCUGUGUAUCAUCUGUCACUUGGGGGUUUGAGAGGUCUGUGUAAGUAGAAAACAAAGACUCAUGGCAAGGUCCAGGAGUAGACCCACCACGGUGCCCCCUUCCCCCCAGCUUCGGAGCACAGCAAAGGUGCCAAGGUGGAGCUGUCCCCAGGGCCUCCUGGUCUUCUCAGUCCCAGUCCAGCAUUCCUGGGAACCAGGAGAGCUGGGGUGCUCCUCAGGUACCUCAUCCUGAUGCUGGCAGGGAGGAGCAUGGGCUUUCCUCAGCUCUACAGGCAGCCUGACUUCGAGUUGUGUGAGCCUCUGUGUUCUUAGUAUUGUUUCUGAGAUACCCUUUUCUCCAUAUAGGAGGGAAGAAGUAGUUGGAGGAAACCGAGAGGCAUUAAUUACUUUGUAGAUUAUAAUGUGAAUAUAAUUCUAGAUUCUUUGUGAAAUCCAUCACAUUUAGGUGUAGCAUUUAAAGCCCAGUUAUCUAGCCACUGAAGGAAGCUCACAACCUGCUUCUCUGCCUCAUCCCAAGCUCUGUUGCACUAGGUGCUUGUAGAUGCUCAACCUCCAUCCCUCAGUGCCUCCACAGUAGUAAACUUUGGAGUGUCUUGGCAUUCCUAUGUGGAGUGCCUCUACCUCCUGUGUAUCCUGACAUUUGGAUGAGGUGAGGUGGUCAGCAUAGCUGAGGCUGAUAAUUUUGGUCAUUGGUCAAGGUGUCUGAUGCUUACACAGGUUGAAAGGAUAAGUAGCUAGUGUAGCUGAUGAACUUACGGUCUCUGUACACGUGCAUGCUGCCGUAGCUGUCCUGGUCCAGUGGUGGCAGCAUUGUUGGCAGGCUCAGCUGUGUUACUGGGUCUUGCUGUGAGACAGGACGAAGUUGUGUCUGUAUAGGUUUGUGAAUGUGUAAGACAAGAAAAGAGGACUCCACCCCUUCUUGCCACUGCCAAGUACCUAGACCCUCCCCCUGGUAGGAGCAACUAUGCAGACCCUAUGCCCUCUGCACCAGGCUCAGCCAGGGCCUAGCCUGCCCCAUCCUCACAUUCUGAGCCAUCUCAGCUGGGUCCAUCAGUUGCACCGUUCACUGGCAUUACCACCUCCCUCCUAGUCCCCAGUACCUUUGAUCCUGAGGUUAAAACACCCUGCAUUUUGUUGGUGAUGCUUCACUCUGCCUUCCCACUUUUCCACUCCCGAGUGUGUAAACUUGGCUUCUGUCCACAGUGUAGCCUGGAGAUCACUGGUUGCUGUUUCAUUACUAAUGUAGCUACAGACAGUGAGGCCAUUGGCCUUAUUUCUUCCAUUUUCCUUCUUCGUUCCUUUCUUCUUGAAGGCCAGUCCUUCACCCAGCUUCUCAACAGGUGGUUCUCAGACUGGGCCACCCUUGGACUCACAGUGGAAAGGGCAGCCCUUGCCAAAGUGCAGGUUGUCCCAGAGCACCCUGCCGUGUGGACUCUGCUCUAGAGGGAAGCCUGGGGGUUCGCCACUUCCGCCUGCAUGCACGCCGAGUUGCUCCCAGUUGGCAGUCUGGAACUGCAUUUUGAGAAGCUGCACUCUUCCCUCAUGCCGCCAUCUGCUGUGGUGACACUCCUGUCACUAGCCCUGUGGGAUCUGGUCUCUCAGAAGCUCGGCCUCCAUUCUGUCAUUUUCUCUCACCUAUCCCUGAGAGGUCCCUUGCAGCCUUCAUGGCCCUUGGCUUGCUACUGCCCACCACUUCCCACCAUCCCCCACAACACUGGUCCCUCAUUGGUCCCUUAACACUAGGCCACUUUACAGCUCUCCCCUCUCCCAGACUCCACAGGGCUCCGAGUUCAUCUAAAAGACGAUUUUACGUUAUCCUCUUCCUCUUCAGUGAUCUACAGCUGCGACCAGAACACCAGUUCUUACCCUCUGAGCCUAGUGUCCAUGGCUCUUGCCCCAUGGCUAUACUUGACUAUCCACCUUCUACCCCUGCCAUGAUGCUCACUCCAGCCACCCAGCUCUGGGGUGCCAGUGGGCCCUAUCCAUGCUUGCUUCUCUUCUAGAAAUGCCCUUCUGCCCUCCAGCCUCCCUCCUCAAAGGCCCAGCCCUGAGUCAUCUUUGUGCUCUGAACAGAAGCAGCCCUGUGGUAUUCUGUGACCCCACAACACUUGGUGUCUCGCUUCUGGCUCUUGCCACUCUGGCAGGUGUAGCUGCAGCCAACUGUGUACUGUGUUGCCUCCCUCUAGACUGUGAGCUCCUCGCGGGCAGGGACCAUAUGGUCACUCUGUAUUUCUUGUGGCACCUAACAGUGCCUUGCACUUGGUAGGUGCUCAAUAAAUGUCUGUUCAAGUGAA